AUGGCAAAUUCCGGGCCGCAUACGCCCUUAUCACCUACUCAACUUUUCGACUUCUGCGACGCCACCAACGACGAUGGAGAACUAUCACCAACCUGCCCCCCUCCGGCCUGGACCGGGGUCCCUCCACUUGCUCAAUUGCCCGAGUACCGUGGCGACGACAACAAGCACCGCGACGGCGGUCAUGCUGCGUCAACACAAAUGCCUUCGUCCCUAUUUUCCUACGAGCGGCCUGAGAACCGUGACGUGAACGAUACCAAGUUGAUUGAAAGGCUUAAUGGGCAUGACGACGGAGAUGUAUCAACCGUUUCUACCUCAAGCGACAAAGAAAGACACUGCAAGAUCGAUCUGCGCCAUUGCAAAGGGGUGGUAACUUGGGAGGAUGUCAACCAUCAGGACCAGCAUACAUCAGACCUGUACAUCGACCUCUACGUGGACACCGCAAAGCAGCAAGCCAUCUUCGCCUUACGUGGAUUCUUCUUCUUCAAGAGCGGCGGUCCCAAAGCGCAUCUCUCGUUACUCAUUUAUCCGGAGAAAAUUCAGUCCAUUAAGUUCGCUCACAACCGCCCGCCCGUCUCUCCAAUAAACGAUGUUCCUGGUGACAGCUUUGUUUCGUUGCGUUUCGCGAUGACACAGCCGCCCAGCCUGAUGGUGCCAAAGGAUCGGCUUCUUGAACCGAAACGCCAAUACCAAGCCGUCGCUGAUACUAUAGCAUCUAUCGGCUCGGUCAAGCAGUUUACGAUCUACUUGAGUGACGUCUCACCGGACGUUCAGCAAGAACUAACUUUGAUACCCUCCGUCUUCUUGUCUACUUAUCCAUUUGGCCGCUUGCAAGCGGAUGACAAGUGGGCGGCGCCUAACGACCUCUAUGACUAUACAUUUUCCCAAGUCAUCGACUUGAGCCAGACUGCUUUCGACUCUAAGUCUGGUUCGAAGAAGCUGGAAGAAUCGGAAGGAUUGGCUGUCGACGAAGACGCCGUUGCCCCACCAUAUUCGCCAGGUGACUCUCAGCGUACAGUUCAAAGCAUCGGCCCUUCGAGUAGGAAGCGACAGGCUAGCGAACCGUUGAUUCCUUACACAACCGAGAAGCACAGUGAUGCGGGCUCCAGCAUACUGGGAUACGAAACACUCAGAAAUGGGUCGCGGCCACCGGACACCAAGACUGUUGGUCUCGCAAGUCCUGUACACCUCUCAACUCCAUCCGACCACAAACGCCAACGCACCACUGAGCUGCAUUCUCCGAUGACCAACGCCGAUAUCGUUUCUGCAUUGCGCCGGGUCUUCGCCUACAACGCCUCCCUCUCGAACCGCAUUGCACAACUUGAAUCUCGCCUCGAGACCUGCUCCUCCCGUCUUGAGUCGUUAGCAACUGAGCUCGUUGCCGCGGCUGACCGCACCCCAUGCCGCUACGACACGGAAGAAGCGGAGCAUGUCUUCGGUCAGAUCGAUCACCGCAUCGAAGACGGCAUCCACGACGUACGUCACGAGCUCGAAGAGACGUUCAAGGUCGAGGCCGAGGAGCGGGUCGCCGAGGAAGUCAAACUGCAACACGAGGAACUCCGGGAGAAGUUGGAAGUGGACUGGACUGAGGACGUGAGACGUACUAUUGUUCAGGAGAUCGCCUCGGAGGUCGAAGAGAAGACGACGAAAGAGGUGUUGAAGGGGAUUGCUGAGGCGCUGAGCGCUUACCAUGCUAGCCAAGCAAAUCAAGAUGGUAGCUUGAGGCUUGGUAGCAGUUACACGCCAUCCAAAGCAUCUGCCGCGACCCUGCCUGGUGAGACGGCCCUGCGCGAGGCGGUGGAAGAUAUCCAGAGCAAGUACAAGGAUCUGUUGACGGGAGAGGAAAUGAUUGGGGUGCUGGAUUUUUUGGAGGAAAGUCCGCUGACUGUGGUCAAGUAUAAUGCCUGUGGGGAGAAUACGAGAAGGGCGUAUGUAAUGAAGUGGAAGGCGGAAGUCUCGGGAGGGGUUCUGUCCAGACGGACGUGGUAUAGGUAA